AUGAGUGAUUCUCCACAUUCAAAGCCUCCUACGGGCUCAUUUAGAGAUUCACCAUUUCAGUUCAACAAUAUAACAAGUGAAACUCUUUAUUGUGCUCUUUUUGAGUUUUUGCAAAACUCUCAACCUAUAGUUGUUUGGAGAUACAGAGAUUUAGAGCAAAAGACGGAAUUCGACUUAAUGUGGUAUAUUAUGUCAGUUCCUAAUAUCGCUCCAACAUCAGAACCAUUUCCAAAACCAACAUUUAUGUCUUCAUCUUUCGAAAAUUUCUCAUUUUGCGCUAUAUAUGCAUUAAUUCCCGAUAUUGAAGCAAGAGGAUUCACAAGAUCAAUCUGUUUAACAGUUGUAACUCAAAAACCAGAAAUUAUUUACUCAAUAAACUCAUUAUAUAAUGAUAAACUCUUAAAUAUACUUGAUCAAGCAAGAAUAAACGCGGCAUCAUUAUUCAAAGCAGAAAUAGAUCCUCAUAUCGAAGCAAUAACUCAAUAUUUAAAGAAUACAACAAUUGAUGAAAAUGCGAAGCUACAUUUCCAAACAAAACUCGAAAAACUAUUAGAAAUACGCGAUAACUUUACAAUCGAAACUCAUUCAGUUAAAAUUUCUAAAGAAAGAUGCUUAAAAUACGCAACUGAAUUAAUUAACUACGAUUUAAGAAAAAUAGAGUUCAUGAUUGAUCUACCAGUGCUACAGAAUCAGAUUUUCUCUAUUUUGAACAUCCUUUCGCUUCCUACAUCAGUAAUUGCAACACAACUUUAUAUGCCGAGCAUUGCAACGAGUGUCUACGUUCCAAACAUCGAAAUACCAGAAGGCAGAGGUCUUCUCCAUCUCUACAAGAACAAUUUACUGAAAAAUUCCUUAUAUUCCAUCAUGACCGGCAAAACCCUCAUAAUUGUGUCCUCAACCCCCGAUAAUUGGAAGCCGUUAGCUUAUUCCUUGGCUAGUUUGUCACCUUUCCGAUGGAAAAACGACAUUUUACAAUUUAAUUGUCCUGUUAAGCAAACAGACUGUUUAUCAGCGACAAUUGUUGUUGCACAGAACAUAAUAGGCGCAGAUUCAUCAUAUGCUUCUGUUUUGAACAUGGAUUCUUUAGUAUUUCAGGGAAAACAGUGUCCGGAGAAGUCCUGCAUCAAUAAAUUCCAGUUAUCCGACAAACAUAAUGAAGGAACAUUUUGGUUACGUCUAAACUACGCAAUAAGGAACGUAAAAGAAAGAUUUUCCAGAUUUACUUUGAUUCAUUUAACGAGAACUCCUCCAAAUGAAGAGGAAUUGAACUCAUUGUUACAACAAUCAGGUUUUAAUCAGUGCGAUAUCCCAAUUUUCGCAUUUUGGACAGCUUCUUCUCGAAACUCUGAAAGAAGACCUCUAAUCAUCUCUGUUCCUCAAUCUCAAUCACAAUCACUGUUUUCAUCACCAUUCUAA